GAAGAAGAGCGGGCUGGCUUGUACACGGAAGCAGGAACAGGACUUGAGUUGUCAAAUCCUUCAACCUGUCGAGCCGGAUUUGUCAACGCGGAUUGUGUCGUGUGGAGCUCGAAGCAGAGACACACUGGGACACACUGGACCGUGUGUGUUUUAUCUGGUGACACGAUGAAGACGCUUUUCCUGCUCCUCACGAUAUCUCUGUGUUUCUGCUCGUUCUCAGGGGCUCAAGCACAAAAAGAUGUGGAUCCACCUUCAAACCAAAUGAAACAAAGCCAUCCUGGUCAGGCAAAGAGCACUGACAAGUUAGUCAAGACGGAGAAACCUGGAGAGACGUCUGCAAACAAAACUCAGUCCCAGACCGAAAUAAAACAUGAGGAAACCCAGGAAACACUACAAAGUCAGGGUAGCAAAGACCCAGUGAAAAUGGUUCCGCCUGUUUUGACAAAUGUUCCACAAAAUAAUGAUAACAAAAAUAAACAGCAAAGCAUCACCAAGAUGGUGGAGCCAAAAUCGGAUGUCAACAAGACAAAAACUGAGGAAGAAGCAACUGAGAAAAAAACCGAGGAAAAAGCAACUGAGAAAAAAACCGAGGAAAAAGCAACUGAGAAAAAAACCGAGAAAGAAGCAACUGAGAAAAAAACCGAGGAAGAAGCAACUGAGAAAAAAAAAGAGGAAGAAGCAACUGUGAAAAAAACCGAGGAAGAAGCAACUGAGAAAAAAACCGAGGAAGAAGCAACUCAGAAAAAAACCGAGGAAGAAGCAACUCAGAAAAAAACCGAGGAAGAAGCAACUCAGAAAAAAACCGAGGAAGAAGCAACUGAGAAAAAAACCGAGGAAGAAGCAACUGAGAAAAAAACCGAGGAAGAAGCAACUGAGAAAAAAACAGAAGAAGGGACCAAGAAGGAAAGUCCAGACGGGGAAGAAGAUGGAAAUAAUGGAAACACAAAAGAUAGACUUCCGUUAAACUUACCUGGAAUGAGGGAGGAGACAGAGAGCAGUCAUUUCUUUGCCUACCUUGUCUCUACAGCUGCACUGGUGGCAGUGCUUUACAUCGCUUACCACAACAAGCGCAAGAUUAUCGCCUUUCUUCUGGAGGGAAAGAGAUCCAGAUCCACGCGUCGACAUAAUUCAACAGAAUACCACAAGCUGGAACAGGAGCUGUGACCUGAAGUCAUUCUUAUGAAGCUAUUACCUGGAGCAGCUGUUUGCACUAUGGGUAUUGUGAGAAGUGGGCGAGCGGACAUCGGCGUUACAUAUUUUCUCGGGUGUUCUCCACGUUGAUUUCACCUUGUGUUAAUUGCUCUAUUUUGUACGUUUUUUUUUUUUAGAUGCUUAUUGCAUGACUAUGCAGAUUACAUUGUUGCCUUAUUGAGGGAAUUAGUGAAAUGCAGUGAAGGUUUAAAAAAAGAAAAAGCAUGUUGUUUUUGCACUUGCGUCGCUAUUCCACUUUUGAGGCAAUCAUAUAAUUUGACCCGACUCAGGUUAUUUCUGUAGCAGAUAAAAAAUGAGCUGUUUGGAAUCCAGCCUUCUUUGUAUAGUACAUUAGUGAUUGCACUGUGUACGUAACUAAGCCAUUUCAAUCUUUGUAAAGUAUCAGGUGUGUAAACUUUCUGUGCAAAUGUUUUCGAUGUCUCUUAGAUAAAAUGUAUUGAGGUUCACUUUAGAUGUACAGAAGUACCACAAUGGGAUUUCUGCUCACAGCCCGAUGGUGUUGGCCAGAUGAAUGUAAAAGCAACCUUUAUUUUCAGAUGCUUGCACAGUUUUCUUCCACUUCAGCUUCUUAAAGGCUGAUUUGCAAACAUGCCGACAGAUAAAGAUAGAAAAAAAAUGUAUCUUUAAAAAAAUGCUCAUUUGCUUUUUUGCUGAAGGUGGGAUAAAAAGAUCAACACCUCUCUCAUAGCUUCCUGGUAAAUAUAGCUCUAAUACAGCUAAGCUUAGCAUAAAGACUGAAUUUCUGUGAGAGAAGGUAACAAAAUCUACCCUCCAGUUCACUUGGUAUUUUUGUUUUGUUUACUCCAAACAAAAACUUAUGUGUCAAGUGUUGCAGUUUUACAAGGUUCUUUGUGUCAAGACCGAUUGAGAAGUAGGGGGAUUUAUGCUAAGGUAAGCUAGCCCUCUGCUGGUUUGAGCUUCAUCUUUAGUGAACAGGCAUGAGUGGUAUCAAUGUUCUCGUCUCAAUCUUCAGAGGAAAAUGGUCAAGCAAAAUUUCCAAAAAUGUUGAGCCGGUGGAUUUAAAUGCAGGGAAGGAACUUAAGUUUUAACUGCUGUCAGGGUGGUGGGUUUUAAUCAAAACGGUGAAUUGGAAGAGGAAACUGGCAAACAGCUGCAUUGUUUUGACCGUUGUGCACUUUGGACAGAAAAGGGUCUCUGGGAAUAAAUAGAUUGACCACUAAUUCAUUAUAUUUAAACUCUCCUCUCGAGUAGAUGUGUGUGUUGAUGUUUAAAGCUGACUUGUGCCAAAUUAUGAUUUAAUGUGAAUCAGUGUGUGACUCUUGUAAUGUGCCUGUUUCAUAAAUUAAUGCUGUGUUUUUUUUUACUGGGUCAUAAUCUAUGGAAGGGCUGCUGUGUUGAAAGGAUACAUUGUCAGUUUUAUCUUAGCAGAAUCAAAGUAUGUCCCAGAAAUAUAUUUUUAUUGUGAAAUCUGCAAAGCUGUAGUUUGAAUAUGAGUCAUUCUUCCAUACAGUUUGGCCAAAACCUAAAAUGUUUAAUGACCUUUAUACAGCUAAAUAGUUUAAGGCUAAGGUUUAUUUCAUUUUGUUCGAAAAUGGCUGUCCAUAAAAACGCUAUCCUUCAAAUUUGUCAUUACUCAUCCAACUAAAAAGCCUCUAAAAUAAAUGCUAUUUGUACUUUCGGGUCUCA